UGUUCGGUAUAAAGACAUGUAGACAAGUACUGAUAAACGAGACCUUUAAUUAUCACUUGAAUAGAGUGGAUUCAGCAGGCCGUACAAUUGUUUCUGAACUGUAAAUUAUGGCAAUUAGAUUUAUUUAUUUAUAGCGGAAUUAUUUCAAAUCAUAGGAAGGGAGGACAAUGGCUUCUCGGGACAGGGUAUUGUCCCUGGAUGGUGGGGGUAUUCGGGGACUCAUUAUUCUUGAGAUCUUGGAGGCGAUCGAGAAGGAAGCAGGUCAGCCAAUCAAAGAUAUGUUUGACUGGAUCGGCGGAACAAGUACCGGAGGGAUAAUUGCUUUGGGCAUUGCUACCGGCAAGCCAAUAUCUCACAUUAAAGAAAUGUACAUGCGACUAAAGGAUCAAGUGUUCAGCGGCUCCAGGCCGUACGAUUCUGCACCGUUAGAAACCUUUUUGAAGCAGGAGUUUGGGGAAGCAACUGUAAUGUCGGAUAUUAGGUACCCAAGGGUGCUGGUAACAAGUGUAGAAGGGGAUCACGAUCCGUGGAAGCUUCACAUGUUUCGUUCCUACAUGAUCAUAAACGAAGAUAUAGAGGAUGGAUGUGAACAAAUCGAAGAACCACAAAACCAUUACAUCUGGGAGGUUGCCCGCUGCACGUCUGCUGCUCCGUCCUACUUUCAUCCGUACAAACAGUUCCUGGAUGGAGGCUUGAUGUCCAACAAUCCAACCCUUGACAUUCUCACAGACAUUCACCAGUUUAUCAAACCAUUGCCGCAAAUGCAAAAUGCUGAAAAGAAUGAUUCACCAUUGCCGCAAAUGCAAAAUGCUGACAGGAAUGAUUCACCAUUGCCGAAAAUGCGAAAUGCUGAGAGAAAUGAUUCACCAUGGCCGAAAGUGCAAAAUGCUGACAAAAAUUAUAAACCAUUGUCGAAAAUGCAAAACGGCGACAAGAAUGAUCCACCAUUGCCGCAACCAUUGCAAAAUGCCGACAAGGAGGAUAUUAAAGUUGACGAUGCUGACGCUGCAAAAAGUCAAAUGAUUGUAGAAGUUCCAGUUCGAUAUCUUGACGUGGUUGUUUCUGUCGGUUGCGGAUAUUCUAACUACGUAAAACAAUCAACACCAGACCCACACUGGCCAGACUUGUCGGAUAUGAUACGCCAUCCACAAGAGACGUAUAGAUUGCUCACUGAGACAAAACGUUUUUUUAAAAACCUCCUAGAACAGGUGUCAAUAUCUUACGGUCAGCCGACGCAUCGUGCCAGAGCUUUUUGCAAAUUGAUGAAUGUGCCGUUCUACCGGUUCUCUCCGCUCCUCUCGGAAAAUGUGCCUCUGGACUGUGUGGAUGAAGAGAGGAUCGAGAGAAUGCUUCAGGACACGAAUUCCUACAUCGAGGACCCGAAGAAUCGGCAGAGGAUUAAAGAACUCGCAGCCCGCUUGAAAAGAUUCCAAUGAGCAUCGUUCUGGGCUUAAUGCAUGUGCGUUAAGUAUCAUCCCAGAUUAGCCUGCGCAGUUCGCACAGGCUAAUCUGGGACGACAUUCUCCGUUUGUAUGUUAUGUUUUGUUUAAAGGAAGUCUCACAUCGUCAGCAAAACUUACAAUGGGUUUGCCUCCGUCACACAAACUGUUAAACUCUGGAAUUAAACUGUGACAGAAGUUUCAUUCUGAAAAAUCACCUUUUCAAGUACACAUUUUCCGAUGGUUUGGUCAUAAAAUGUAUUCAAACCCAUUUCUGAACUCUAUGUACAUCAGUAUAUUUUGAAAGUAUAGACAUUAAAAGAUUUUUUUCUCAAUCUUAAUCCAUAAAACAUGAUUUUUAAUUUAAACAUUCAAAUUAAGAAGACAUUUUUAAGAAAUGUGUUCAACAUAAUAUGAACUUAAUAUUUUAAUGUAAAAACACAGGAGUUACGAUUAUCUUUCUGUCAGUGCAACAAAAGCUACGAAAAUAUCGUCACCAAACAUGCCAAUAAAUAAAGCACUAAGUGCAUCUAUAAAUUGUUCGUAUGACAAGCAUGGGACCCUGUGACAGUUGUGACCACCAAACGCCUCAUGUAGUCAUGUGUAACAAGUUGUAACAUGACAAUUGGACAAUGUUGCGUGUCCAUUUUUGACCACAUGAGCAUAAUUUGAAAAAGGUUUUUGGAGAACCACGAUAUAUUAUAACAAACGGAAUAUUCAAACCUAUAUUAUUGUGUCUCCGGGCGAAAUUUUUAUAUUUCAAAAAAUGUGUGUAUGAGAUUUGAAAUAUCUAUGUUAUAAAACGUUAUACAUAUUUCAGAUAAUUGUGCUAACCUUGGGGUUAGUUUGAAUGAAAAAGAACUAUUUCUAAGC